AUGUCCGGUCCCACCUUGGACACCGACUUCCAGCUAUUUUCUCCGCGCAAUUCCGGUGGAGACGACUCUCGAUCAAAUGGCCAAUUUAUGUCACAUCCAAUUGGAGAGAAUGUGAAUCAAGACUGGACUCAAUGGAUGCGAUGGGAUGAGCCGAUGUUCUCGGAAGGCGAACAGAAGCCAAUGGCCUCGUCUAUAGAUCUGCCGUCUAUCUCCCCUCAUACCGACAUGAGCUCGCCGACCCAGAAUCAAAACUUCUCCCCUCAUCUACCUCUUGGAUUGAUGGAAAUUCCUUCUCAGCAGAACAACAACCUCCACGGCCACCCCUCUAGCUUCUCGCAGGGCUGGGGUAUGGAUCAGAAACCACAGUCUGGUCUUGUGUCUCCAAUCUCCAGUGUUGGAACCAACCGAAAGAGAAAAACAGGCAGUGAUGACGACGCUACUACAGUGACCGGCCCAGUGCAACCGGGCAAGAAGAUGCCCGCCAAGAAACGCGCUCACAAUGUUAUUGAGAAGCGGUAUCGAGCCAACUUGAACGACAAGAUUGCGGAACUUCGCGAUAGUGUACCCAGCCUACGAACAACUAAGACUGGAGGUUCUGCGGAUGACGACGACGAAGCCGAAGCGAACUCUGCGAGCAAGCUCAAUAAAGCUUCUAUCUUGUCCAAGGCUACUGAAUACAUCAAACAUCUCGAAAUUCGUAACAAGCGACUGGAAGAUGAAAAUACUGGUCUGAAGAAUCGUCUUCGCCAAGCCGACAAAGCUGCUGAUCAGGCUGUCACUUCGUCUGCUUCUGUGUCCUCUCCAAGCAACUAUGCCUCGACUGACUCCGGGUCUGGUACAUCCCCCAGUGUAUUCUCGCAGGCCGAGGAGAUCUCUGGCGAGGGUUCACCCCGCUCUCACAACCCCCCGGAAGGAUUACUCCCGGUGUCCGACUCGUGGAAGCGGAUGCGAGCUGAGACUGCACAGAAAGGAGUCUUCGCUGAGUCAUAUAUCAAGUACCCAUCAUCUUCAGCCCAUGAACCCCAAUAUGCCAGAGAGGACACCUCUGGGCGGCGCUCCAGGAUGCCCAACAAGUACAUGCUGGGUGCACUCGCUGGUCUGAUGGUUCUCGAGGGCAUGGGUUCCGAUGACUCCGAAGGUGAGGCAAAGGGUCUCUUUGCACUUCCCAUUCGCCUGCUGGGCCGUUUGCAAACACCCACUAUGGCACACUGGGAAUAUUAUUUGAAGCACUUCUGGUACUCGUGGCAGGCCCGCGCAUUCUCUCACUUCCUGGUCUUGGCAACGCUGGUCGUUGGCUGUGCUUUCUUCGUCUUUGUCUACCUCUUCAAUGCCCAACCUAUUACACAGCGUGGCUCAUCCAAGUCAAAUUCCGAUAGUCAAAUUGUGCCACUCACAUCCAGUGACUUCCGCCGACAGGCUUGGCUGACGAGUAUGCAACGCGUCGGUGUUCCACGUCAUCGGUUCUUCCGGGAGUGGUAUGUUGUAACAUCAAGAUGCUUCGAAUAUGUCCUGCGCUGUAUGAUGGGCUGGAAGCUGUACUCCUGGGCCACAGGGAUCACUGAAGAGGAUGAGAGAGGCCGUGUCAAGACUUGGGAUAUUGCCAUUGAUGCACAGCUCACUGGCGGUGAUGCCGAAGUUAGCAAAAGUCGCCUUGUCCUAACUAUCUUUGCUGCUGGCACCCUUCCUACCAGUCCCAUGAGGAUGAUCUUGAAGGCUUUGCAUGUCCGUGUUCUGCUUUGGUGUGUUGGAGAGCAAGGCUCUUGGUCUUUCCAUAUGUCGAACGACAUUGCUCGGUCUCUCGCACGAUUUCAAUGGGAAGUCGCUCGUGACCUUAACGACGCAUUGCCCGAGACACACCCCGAUCGGCUCCCAAGUCACCUUGCAGCCUUGGUCAAAUUGGAUUGCGAGGAAGUUAUGAUUGACACUAUUAUUCAACGUGCUGUCAACUUAACUUGGAAUAGGCCGACGCAAGAGGGCACUAGUGAUGAGGAGGUGCUCCUUGAUGUUGUGGAAGAGGAUUCUGCCAUUCAAUGUUCUCAGGAUGCACUCGCCGCCUGGUGGUCCAGCCAUCUUCUGCAAACUGCCCUACUGAACUAUUUCGAGGCAAGCGAGAAGGGUCCGGUCUCCAAGGCAAGCCGCGAUGCUUUCAAGGAGAAGAUCCGCAUGUCUCUCGACGUCGCUCCCCGGCUGUCUGCCGCCUACACCCGCGCCCUCGUCAUGAAAGCGGUUUUCUUUGAACAAAACCGCGUCGAAAACGUGGGUGCUGUCCUUGCAGCUCUCCCUAAUGAGAAGAGAAAGGGAAGUCAAAGCCACGCUUCCAACUUCCUCGAUUCCUCUCUUCCAGUUUCUGUCCGCGAUGAAAUCUCCAUCGCAGUACGCUGUGCCAUGAUCGCUGCGAUCGUCACAGCACGAUCCAACGGCGACAGCACGUCGUUACCCGAAUCCUUCACCAUUCAAAAGGCCAUAAACUGGUUCAACCAGCUACCAAUUGACCCAGUCGAGCUAUCUCUCCUCGGCUUCUCGGCAGUCUAUCACCUCCUCCACCUCCUUGCCUCAGAUGUAGAUUAUAUCGCGUCAUCUGAUUCAUCCUCUCCAUCUACCCCUGUCUCAGAAGCAACCUCCUCCGCCGACGACGAAGCCGAAGAAAAGCCCCGCCCAGCCCGCAAGCUUUCCAUCUGUCCCCGCGACAUCCCAAACCUCGGCCGUGUCUCCGCUGAACUGAUUUAUUGGGCCCGAAACGCUUAUAACCCGGCAUUCUACGGCUUCUCACCCACCCUCGUCGAGGUAGUCGUCGACUCUUGCACGUCAAUCUGCCAAACUGCAGGUAUCAAUGUUGAUGACUAUGUCCACACAGCACCAGACAAGACGACCAACAAAAGACGCAAGCAUCGCCGUCGCAGGGGCGGCUCGAACUUGUCCUCCCAGAGUGAUGCGGACCAGGAUAUGUCCGACUCACCUACACCUCUUGGCAAGCCUCUUCGUCGUGAGCGCUCUGCUAGCAAUGAUACCGGUUAUGGUAGUCUUUCUGUUGAGGAGGAGUUGCAUUAUGUUCCUCAUACUCAGGCCUCUUUUAAUGUGCAAGAAGUCACUGCGUGA